GGGCGUGUUAACUAUCCCAGGACCAAUCCGUGUCCGAGGCAGGAAUAACAGGGCGGGGCAUCCUCUCGCCAAUCGGAAGUGCUAGGAGGCGGGCCUGCCAGUCUGUGAACGGCUACGACGCCAUGAAUAUCUUGCCCAAGAAGAGUUGGCACGUCCGGAACAAGGACAAUGUCGCCCGCGUGCGGCGUGACGAGGCCCAGGCCCGAGAAGAGGAGAAAGAGCGUGAGCGGAGGGUGCUACUCGCUCAGCAGGAGGCCCGCACAGAAUUCCUACGGAAGAAAGCCAGGCAUCAGAACUCGCUACCUGAGCCUGGAGCAGCAGAGGCAGGAGCCCCAAGUUCUGGCCCUGUGGACCUGUUUCGGGAGCUGCUGGAGGAAGGGAAAGGGGUGACCAGAGGCAAUAAAGAGUACGAGGAAGAAAAGCGACAGGAGAAAGAGAAGCAAGAGAAGGCUCUGGGCAUCCUAACGUACCUGGGCCAGAGUGCAGCGGAAGCCCAGACGCAGCCCCCUUGGUACCAGCUGCCCCCUGGGCGAGGGGGCCCCCAGCCUGGCCCAGGACCAGAUGCGAAGAUCAAGAACCGCCUAGACCCUCUGCGGGAGAUGCAGAAGCACUUGGGGAAGAAGAGAAGGCACAGUGGUGACGACAGUCGUUGCAGCAAAAAGGAAAAGGAGGGGUCUGAGAAACAUCGGCCCAAAGAACCCCCGUCCCUGGACCAGCUUCGAGCCGAACGUCUUCAGCGAGAAGGGGCUGAGAGGGCCCGUGCAGAGGCCCUGCUGGCCCGGGUCCGAGGCACAGCACCCCAGGAGGAUCAGCCAGAAGAGGCAGACGAUCGGCGGAGGCGGUACAACUCCCAGUUCAACCCCCAGCUGGCCCGGCGCCCCCGGCGGCAGGACCCCCCCUGGCUCACUGACUCCUGAGGGGUACAGGAGAGGCCGCUACUGCCAGCCGUCAUAUAAAACUAUUUAUUCAUAAAUAUUUUCCAAAAUGAAAAUAGGUUUACCAAAAAAUGUCCCUCACUGGGGAGGGGAGGAGGGGGCAGCCCUCGCCCCCGGGCCCCCAGGGCGGGGCUGAGAGGAAGACAAAACCUCCCGGCCCCCUCCCUGCUUCCUGGGGGAGGGGGCUGCCCCAUGGCCUGGGGCCUCCCCCCAGUCUUCCAGGGCAGGGCCCUCACCUGGGCAGGGGGAUCAGCAUGCGGGGGGAGGGGAGGGUGGAGGGAGGGGCCGGUGUCACUGGAGGUCCCGGUCCUCCAGGUAGCGGUACUCAAAGGUGAAGCCUUCCUUCUUCCGCUGGCCCCACUUCUCGUAGUCAAAGUAGAUGUAGGUGCCCUGGCCGGGGGAGAAGGCGGUCAGUGAGUGGACGAGGAGGUGGUCAGGGAUCUGGGCCGGACCAACAGACAGAGGGGACAGUUCUUAGGGCCACGGAUGUGCCAGGCACCAGGCCAGCUGCCCUGCAUGCAUUCGCCGUCUCACUCCACCCUCACAAUGCUCUUCUCAGGUAGGAAAGCUCAUCAGGCCCACUUUAGAGGAAACACGGGGAGGCGCAGAAUGGUCACGCCCGCGGUCGCGUGCCAGAGCUGGGCCUCAACCCGGCACAUCUGCAAAGCCUUCUAUUGCUUCUCACGAUGGCUGCAGCUUUUGAGCACUGAUCAGGUGCUGAGAACGUCACGUAUGUCCUAGCAUUUAGUCUUCACAAAACCCUUGCGGCCAUUCCCCCAUCCUUAGAGAAUGGAACAGGCUCGGAGUCUACAUCCAGGCACGCUGCCGGGACAGAUGUUUUAUUGGUGACAGUGAUGCUGUGGGACUCUCUGAAGGACUGAUGCUGUGAAAUAUACUAACUCGGAGGAUUACUUUUGGACCAAA